AUGGGUGAUUUUCUUGGCCUAAAUGUUUACUUUCCGUCAACACCAAUCAUUCGUUUAGUCGAAUGUCACAAAUUUCAAUUUUCUGUACAAAAUACAAUUGCUUUGCAGCAACGUCUUUCUGAUGCUCUUCCUUAUGUUUGCUCUGCAAUUAUUUCUGCGUCUGUAAAAGAAACUCACUAUUUCCUUAUCAAAUCUCUAAGACGAUUUUGUGAUGACUACUUGUCAUUUGAAGGGAGCGAUCAAGGUGUGUCAAAUUUGUUUAGUAAAAUGAUUUCCUCAACUUUAUACAUCAGUCCACUGUGUUCAACACCACUUUGUUCCUUCUUUCAAAAAAAUUGCCUUUUAAUUCCUACACUAUUCGCAUCACCUUCAUUGAAACAGUGGAAACAAUUUGCAUCAUUUGUAAGGCGCCAACUUUUGUUUAAACUCAAAAUUUGUAUUGUUGACUUAGCUGAGUGGCAGCUAACGCAAAGAAAUGAAAGUCACAAACGUUCUCAAUGCAUGCCAAUGUCAGACACCUUGCAUUACGCCAUUGAAAAAAAAAAAGAAAAUACAAAUUGA